AUGGACGAUAACGGCACCGACUAUGAGUGGGAGGGUGAUGACAAUGCAGCAGAUCCAGUAGAGGAAACCGACUUUAGUUUUGACUUUGAGCAGCAGGCCCAGAUGGGGCUGGGUACGGACGAGGACGAGAUCUUUAUCGACGGGCUCAUGGGCGGUGGCAUCGGAUUGUGGAAGAUAUCUUUAUCGGCGCAGGCUUUAAAGGACCUCAAGCAGUCGAGGAGUGAGGGGAACCACCUACGGAUACUUGGAAAGUUGCAAUCCCUAGCGAGCGGGGACUGGGUCCGGCGGUCUGUAGCGAGACCGUUCCCCCCAUGCGGGCGCCACUUCCGCGUUCGGCUGUUCCAGGCCCUGUACGGUGGUAAUGGACGAAUUCUAUGGCAGGUGGACGUUGGAUAUGAUGAAAGGUGCGGCAGCGAUAGUCAGAUUGUUAGAGUGUGGAGCAUCGGCGAUGUUAAGGAGAUCCAUGCCUCGCUCGACGCGGUGGAACGCUCGCAAAAGACGUUUUCUGCCACACGGGUCGAGCGCUGCAAGAAAAAUCUUAUCGAUAAGGCUGCUCGCCUGAAGCUCCCCGUCGUAUUUAAAUACAGCUCAGAGGAAGAAAACAGAGAAAAUGGCGGGCCAGAGACAGAGCCCGACAGCAGAGAUCCGCCUGAGCAAGAGCGUGUGCCACAGGAUAUGCUCAUAUCAGGAAAGUUUCAUACCCUCACCGUCAACGUCUUUACAAGCAUUCUUCACGCGCAGGGCCACACGGAUUUCCCAUUCGACGUCACUGGCCCUGAGGCUACAAUCAUCAAGCACAAGAACGCGACCUUCAUACUUGGCCGUAGCGGGACGGGGAAGACGUCGUGCCUAUUGUAUAAACUCAUGUGCCGCUAUCUGGCGCGGAAUAUAGUGAUGCAGGAAGAGCCGAUACGACAGUUGCUCCUAACCCGCUCCGAACCACUCGCACGAAAGCUGCAGAGUGACGUGAAGCUCCUCAUCGAUACUCAGCUCUCGCGCGUGGCCGAUUACUCCCAUGUUUAUGGCGACGUUAUUGCUUAUGAAGACGGAAACGGUACCGCCGGCCAGAUCGACAGCAUGGACAUGGACGCCGACACCACCGAAGACCUUUUCUCCUUACGCACCGACAACUUUCCGUUUGUGUGUACGUUCGACCACUUCUUACGAAGGCUUGAGAAUACGAUAACGUACUGCCCCUUCCCCUCCCUCCGCGAAAUUGAGGCCAAUGACCGAACAAGCAUCUCACCCCGUCGCCUUGUCGACUAUACCAUCUUCCGCGAGGCCUACUGGCCGCGCUUCCCCCCCAGGUCCAAGGGCCACCUCGAGGCAGAUAUGGUCUUCACCGAGAUCAUGGGCGUACUCAAGGGUGGUGGUGCCCCACUGUCUAGGCAGGAGUAUAUCGACACCAGUGCUAGGAUCGCACCGACGUUCACAACGGAGGAGGAUCGCCAGGCAGUGUACACUCUUUUUGAGUCCUAUGAGAAGAGGAAAAGGGCGCGGGACGAGCAGGACGGGAUCGAUAGGGUGCGGAGCGUAAUGAGGGCGUUGGAGCCCGAUCCAGUGGAGGAGCGCGAUCCGGCGGUGGAGCGCGAUCCGGUGAAGAAGCGCAAUCAGGUGGUGAGGGGUAUUCUGCUGGGGAUGUUUGAGGAGGUCUAUAUUGAUGAGGUCCAAGAUCAGCGCCCACUGGAAAUCUCCCUGCUCUUAACAUUGGUCCAGAACCCACGCGGAAUCCACUUUGCCGGCGACAGCGCCCAAUGCAUCUCGCAAGAUAGCACCUUCCGCUUUGCCAAUCUCAAAGCCCUCUUCUUUAACCAUUUUUCGGGCCAUCACUCCACCACCAUCGAUCCCUCUGUGGCGAAGGCAACGCGGUUCACACUCUCGCACAACUUUCGCUCGCAUGAAGGGAUACUGAGGCUUGCGUCGUGGGUGAUGGAUAAGCUAUGGAAGGGAUUCCCGGACUGCGUGGAUAAGCUCCCGCCAGAGAUCGGCACGCAUAUGGGGCCCAAGCCUGUCAUCAUUAUUGGUCCCUCCCUGGUCUCGUUUCUGCAGGGCGCGGCGGGGGGUACGACCGCGGAUGAGAUCAGGACGCAGCAGAUCAUCAUCGUGCGUGACCGGGCGGUGCAGAUAGAGCUUGAACCCCAGCUCCCAGAAGGGUGUAUCGUAUUCACUGUCCUGCAAAGCAAGGGGAUGGAGUACGACGAUGUGUUUUUGUAUGAGUUUUUCAGUCGCAGCCCGUCUCUCACGGGGUUCAGGAAUAUGAUGGAGGGGGGUGGGUGGGAGGGAUAUGCGUCGAUGCAUGCGAGGAUGUGCAAUGAGCUGAAGAACCUUUAUGUCGCAAUCACUCGCCCGCGCAGUCGACUAUUCAUUCUGGAGAGCGACCCCGGCUGCAUUCCGGAGCUACUCACAGAGCAUGUCCCGGUGCCGCUUGUGGUCGUGAAGCAUUUCAACAAUGAAGAUCUACUAGAUCUUUCGCAGGAGGUCCGCCAGGGCAGCACCUCCUCCUCCUCCUCUCACCCACCAGUAUCCCAGACCGGAACAACAGGCUCGGGGCGCCGCGCAAUCUUCGACACGGUACGCCCUACCAACACGACCACCGUCCAGCAAUGGAUCGAAACCGGAGAUCAGUGCAUGGAGCGGGGGAUCUUUGACCAGGCCCUCCGCUGCUUCAGGAAUGCCAGGGACCCAGCCAAGAUCAAGUUGGCCUCGGCCAGCUUGUCGGAGCAGAGGGGGAAGGAAUGUAGCGCAAGAAGAGAUCUCUUGGGGAUCCAGGUGCACUUCAAGGAGGCGAGUGACGGUUUUCUUGAGUUGGGGAUGAAGGAGAGGGCUGCGGCGUGCCUAGAGGCGAGAGGGGAUUUUGUGAAGGCGGCCGAGCUGUACAGGGGGGCGGGGCGGUACGAGAAGGCGGCAAGGCUAUUCAAAAGGGCGGGACGGCAUGCCCGCGCAGCGGACGAGUACCUCAGAUGCGGGAAGCCAUCCAUGGGACUAUUGGCCCUCUACGAUGGGAAGCUGUACGAUAGACUGAUUUCAGACUUUCACACCUACCGCGACAAAAUACCGGACAAUGACCGACUUACCUAUGCGCGGGAAUGCAACAGAUAUGUACGGCGGCAAGGCAAACCGAAGCAGGAUCUCCAAUCCAGCGCAUUAGCCAUGUUCACCUCCGACGGUGAGAAGGAAGCGUUCCUCAAAGAGUUCAAGUACAAUAAGGAGCUGGUCGAAUUCUACGUCUGCCGCGGACGCAUCAAGGAGGCGCUCCUACACGCCGUCACGAGCGGCGACUUUGAUGAUGCGUUGGAGGGUAUGAUUGAGCGCGGGCGGGACAAUAGCGAGGUGGUGGUGGUGAAAGGGGUGGAAAAGGAGGAUAUGCGCCUGGAGGAUGUCUUUAAUUAUGCUCAGACUAAGAGGAUGCUCGCCAACAUGUCUAGGGGAAGCAAGAGCUAUGCUCUGGACUACAAUGGGAGGCAUGAGGGAAUUGAAUGGGGUCGCAAGUGGGAGGAGUUUGUUGCCGUGGCGGGCGAGUACAUCAUGUCGGGGGUGGAGUUGGAGAGAGGAUGCAUCGAGGAGGAAUGGAUCAGGGAGUAUCUGGACACUAUCGUUUCCGUCCAUAUUAAAUACUUCUUGGGGUUGGCCAAGGACCUGGCCGCCAUCCCCCAUGCUUAUCUCUACGGUCUUGUAAAGCAGAUAAAUGAGAUCGCUAAGGCUACCAAAGACAAUGAGAUCUCUACAUCUACAAAAGACGAUGAGAUGUCUAAAUCUCCAAGAGACAAUGGCAUUCCGCAGGCCAUACUUCUUGCUCUCGGGGUGCUGCACAUCCCGGGUGAGGCCAAGCCUUACAAAGUGCUGGGAUGGUCACCUUUAAAUUCCCCCCAGGUUGGCAAUAGUGACUUUGAGUACAAGGUAAUGGUCAAGAAAAUUGUGGACUACCUCGCAAAGCGGUUGCAGGAUGCUAGUCCGCUGGUGGAGAAGAGAGCGAAAGCGCUGUGGGAGGGAUCUUCAGGGAUGGAUACGAAAUGUGCCGCGUGCAUGACAAGAGUGGCAUGGCCAUGGGGUGGACCGCAGGUAGAAGGGCUAACCACCAAGUGCUCUCACAAUCUCAUUACAAAAGCCGAAUUCGAGAAAUCCAUACAGGGCCUCAUCGGAAAUCAGUCAUCCUUCGCUACCUUAGGCGAAGAGUACAAAUUGCUACGGGGUGUCGAACCCCCAGAGUACGUGCCACGUCUGAAUGACUACUGGCUCGAUGCUCUUCUCAAGAGGCUUACAUACAACUCCGCAUGCUUUGAGAGUGCCGAGAGUAUCGUCAACCUGCGCAGCUGGCUGCAUACACCGGAGGCCUCCACCCUUGUCAGGGCGCUCCGAAGGCGCUUUCGGAAACGGUGGGAGUUGUGGAAGGCUUCGGGACGCAAAGAAGACUUUACCCAACUGUUGGAAGGCUAUCAGUUGGGCGUGAACUUGGGCUUGAGACUGACUGAUCUUGAUAACCUGAUAAAUAUCCGCCGGACCGAGAUUGAGGCAUAUCAUGCCCGGACGCAGGGCGCCGGUGGCACUCAGCGGAGUCGGAGUCAGCAAAAGGAGGAGCAGCCAAGUGAGGGAGAUGUCAUAUUCGAGGCUUUGAGACAGUAUCGGGCAUUGCACGAGUGGAAGGACGCAUCUCAAUGCUCGAUGGGGAUACUGCUCAACUGGAUCGAUCGCCUCCUCCUGACCCUGCACAGCAUGCUGCAGGCUACAAAGUACUUGUCCUUCUAUCACGCCUCUGUGAUAUCCGUCUUUGAAAGCAUCCUGACUCUCCUUCUGUUCGCCUCCCAACGCACCAAUAUUGUGAUUCCCGAGUCGUGGACACACCUUCAUCUUCCGCUCUGGGCACCAACACUAAGAGACUGUACCGACAACGAGAUGGACUGCUACAGGCGGGCACUGGUUCGGACGAUGUGUCUCUUCUACAAGUGGGUAAUUAAAGGCCAUGAGAGUGCGACGCAACAUGUGUCCUUGCAGAGGCGGUGCUUGGAUCUGUGUUUUGUCGCUCUUGUAAACAUCGGGACUGUGGCGGGGUGUCAGGGGCUAUGGGCAAAGGCGCAGAAGGUCCUCAUAAACAAAACCCUUGACAGGAGGCAAGCUCUGCACAUACAACCCCACCAGCUGAUCGAACAGCUCUCUGAGGCCUUCAAACUCUACAAUGGGACCGACACACUCACGCUCCAUGUCCACAAGGGACCCUUGGAUAAACGAGCCCUCUACUUGUCCUCCGUUGCUGCCCUCCAACAAUUGCCCCCGCGCCCACAACGCCCGCCGCCCACCCGCGACACACUCUAUAGCAGAUACCUGAUCACAUCCUGGUACCGCCGCCGCCGCGAUAUUCGAGCUGAGUACAAAAGGUACAUGGAAAGCGCUACCUGGCAAGCAGUAGACCGCCUACACGCUCUCUGUAAAAACCGUCUGCCACUGGGAGCAGUGGUGAUGACUGACGGGCUGGACCUGUACCUACUACUGCAGGAGCUCUGGCGAAGGUUAGGUGCAGCGGAUAAGAAAGAUAGACAACGCACAGAGAAAGAGGGCUUGAUACGGAAUGCGCCCCAUAAAAAGGAGGUGGAUGUGGUGGCGUCGGUGGAGUCGGAGCAGAAGUGUGCCGAGGGGCCGAUGGCGGCUGAGCAGAUCGCAGAGACGGCGAAAACAGAGUCGGAGAUAUUGCAUCUGCAGUUACAAGAGCGGAAUGCGUUCUUUGACGUGGAUACGACUGUGGAUGUGGAGGCGGAGAGAUGGAGGGAGAGGUGUAGAGAGGAGAUGGCCGCUGCACGGGAGAUUGAGGAAAUGCUCAAUGACUGGAUAGAUAAGCUUGAUGGGAAGGCAAAAAAGUGUGGCGCCAAAAAGCCGCAAAAGGGCCCAAAAAAACCGGAGAAAAGGGCAAAACCUGUACUCCCUGCGUGUGAAGGGAAAGAAGGAACACACGAGCAGUUGGUGCCUCCGGAAUUACCACAGGACCAAAUUCAAGAGGACAUCUCUGGGGGCGACAAGGGCGAGGCGGUAGUUGUGAGUGCUGUAGCGAGCAAGAAAGCUAAGCGCAAGGCAGCGAAGAAAGAGAAGAAGGAGGGAAGGAAGUAG